AUGGAUCUUGACGAGUCUCAGAUUGAUCCGACAUCACAAUACCUUGAUGAACCCUUGAUAAGCGAGAGCCAGCGGCCUGAUUCCCCAAUGCUAGCCACCCGAGCCACGCAGCGAGCCUCCCCACCCUAUACCCAGCGAGCCCGGCGAGGCCCUCGAGUUCAAACUGAUUGGACCCCUGACAUGGAGCUGGCCAUGCUCAAUACCUUCAUUGAUGCCAAAAAACAAGGUUUGGAGACAGACAACAGCAAUUACAAAAGUGUUGUUUGGCCUUCAAUUGUUGAUGCUGUCAAAUCUCUUGGAGCAGCUUAUCAAAGCUCUGCUAGCUCAUCUCAAUCACCUGCGAGAAUGUCAACUGAAACAAGCACUCGAAAUCAACCACUCAAAAGAAAAUUUGGGGACAGUAUUGAUGCUCUGAGAGAAGUUAUAAGAGAAUCUGCAACAGCCAAAUUAAGAGUUGAGCAGCCAGAUGAUAUCAAACAAGCAACCAGGCUAUUUUUAAAAGAGCAGUAA